AGCAGGCAGGCGCGCGGACGGCAUCUGGGCGGGCGUGGAGCCGGCGUAUCUGCAGCAGAUCUUCCGACGGACGGACGGACAAAUGGAGGCGGCCGGGCCCGCGGAGCAGGGGAAGAAGAAGAUCACCUGCUCCCUCCUCGCUGCUGUGUCUGUGGCAGCCAUCGGAUCCCUCCAGUUCGGGUACAACACGGGGGUCAUCAAUGCCCCUGAGGAGAUCAUCAAGGGCUUUUUCAACAACACGUCGCUAGAGCGGACUGGACACUUCAUCUCCGAGAGCCUCCUGACCGCUCUGUGGUCCCUUUCGGUGGCCAUUUUCUCAAUUGGAGGGAUGAUUGGCUCUUUCUGUGUUGGGUUUUUGGUCAACCGGUUUGGCAGGCGAAACUCCAUGCUGCUGGUGAACAUUCUGGCCAUUGUGGCUGGCCUCCUGAUGGGCUUCUCCAAGCUGGCCUCGGCAAUGGAGAUGCUGAUCCUCGGGCGCUUCAUCAUUGGGGUCUUCUGUGGCCUCUGCACCGGCCUGGUGCCCUUGUACAUCAGCGAAGUUUCCCCAACUUCCUUGCGGGGGGCUUUUGGUACCCUGAACCAGCUUGGCAUCGUGGUGGGCAUCUUGGUGGCCCAGGUCUUUGGCCUGGAUGUCAUCCUGGGGACAGAAAGGCUCUGGCCGGUCUUGCUGGGGCUCACCAUCAUCCCAGCCCUCCUGCAGCUGGCGACCCUCCCCUUCUGCCCCGAGAGCCCCCGUUUCCUGCUGAUCAACAAAAUGGAAGAGGAGAAGGCCACCAAAGUGCUCCAGAGCCUCCGUGGCAUCCAGGAUGUGUCCAGCGACAUCAAGGAGAUGAAAGAGGAAAGCGCCAAGAUGUCCCAGGAGAAGAAAGUCACCAUCCCAGAACUCUUCCGCUCCCCCAGCUACCGCCAGGCCAUCCUCAUCGCCAUCGCCUUGCAACUCUCGCAGCAGCUCUCAGGCAUUAACGCGGUGUUCUACUAUUCCACUGGGAUCUUCAAAGAUGCCGGAGUGAAGCAACCCGUUUAUGCCACCAUCGGGGCCGGCGUGGUCAAUACCGUCUUCACUGUGGUGUCGCUCUUCCUUGUGGAGCGGGCGGGGCGUCGGACCCUUCACCUGGUUGGCUUAGGGGGCAUGGCUGUCUGCGCGACCAUCAUGACUGUGGCCCUGGCCCUGAAGAACAUACUGCCUUGGAUCAGCUACAUCAGUAUUUUUGGCACUUUUGCCUUUGUGGCUCUCUUUGAAAUUGGACCUGGACCGAUCCCGUGGUUCAUUGUGUCUGAACUCUUCAGCCAGGGCCCUCGUCCUGCAGCUGUGGCCGUGGCUGGGUUCUGCAACUGGGCCUCCAACUUCCUGGUGGGCAUGCUCUUUCCCUAUGCAGAGAAAUUGUUGGGGCCUUACGUUUUCCUGAUCUUCGUUGCCUUCCUUGUUUUCUUCUUUUUCUUCACCUUCUUCAAAGUCCCUGAGACAAAAGGCAGGACUUUUGAAGACAUCUCCAGUGGGUUUGAGAGGCAAACCGUGAAUGGUUUUGCUCCAGCCACUGGCAACAAGAGCUCAGCGGUGGAAUUAACUAGCAUUCAGCCUAAGGAAGAUGCCUAAUUCCCCUGCCCCCCCAUCCUUGCUUGUCUCCCAAAGGAGCCCCCCCCACCCCUUUGUGCCUGUUGCUGUUUCUUCAUGUGUCCCCUGUGACUUCCGGUCCUUGCCGUGGCUUCGGGGCUCCACUAGGACAAGAGAAAGGCAGCGCUUCUUCCUGCCACCAGACCUCCUCUGGAGGAUGGAGGAAUGGCCCCGAGGGCUCCUUGAAUCGCUUGUUACGUGACGUGGAGGCUGAGCCAUUUUUGUGGCUGGCUGUUCCUGCCUCCGAGGCCGGUUCCUUGUCUGUCCGUGAGUUGACCCUCCCUUCCUUCCUCCCGAUGUUUUGCAGUGUUUUCUACAGGGUGAAGAAGUGCAACACACUGGAAUUUACCUAAAGGUGAGGGGGAGUUUUGCUCUUCCCCUCCGUCAAAUGAGGGCGGGGGUGUUCCAAGUUUGGGAAAAGUCAGAUCAGACCUACUAUUUGUUUACUAGACUUAAUUUAUUCCUUGUAUCACUUUGCUUGGAAAUAUUUAUUUUUAUGCAAUACUCCACUCCUCUGAGUCGGAGGACUAGAAAUAAGCAUAAGAUGACUUUUUUCUUUUUAAAGAAAGAAACCCGGUGAUGGGUGGUGGGACCCCAGAGAGACCCAGGGGGGUGGGGGAUGAGCCCGGAGACCCUCCGAUUGGUGAGGCUUAGAAGAAGCAGGCCCUGAGGGUUGCUCAAAGGGGGGGAGAGUGGAAGGCAUCGCGUGAGGAACACAGGCGGAGUCAGGCUGCUGGAGACCCCUGCUCUUCUCCCC